GCGAGAUCUCCGCUCCACGGCGGUUACGAUCGAACGCGCGUGGGGGGAGGAAGGCACGCGACUCACCCGAAAGUAACGGGGCUCAAAAGUUAUUGAUCCACGCGGAAAGAAACGCGCAGUCGCCCACGCUGCGCGGAAACCAAUGUCUGUGGAUCUCUGGCAGACCGCGUUUGGUUAUUCAGCAGAGAUUCAGGUCACCGUCCACGAACGCCGAGCUCCCAGGACGUGCUGUGUGAGCAAGGGCGAGAGGGAGAGAGACCACUACUAACUGGGCCAGAGGAAGCCUACUGAAACUCCACCCACUGAGCUCCUCACCUGCACAGGACGGCAGCCAGCUAUGAUUCCUCUCCUGUAGCAGCAUGUAGAGGUCUGAAGAGGAGGGGGAGAGAUCGACGGUAAAAGAAGAGAAGAAGUCAAGGAGGAAAUCGAGCGCACACACACACACACACACACGCGCGCACACACACAGAGGGAAGCUGUGAGUGGGCGUGGCCGCUUUGCUCUUCUCUCCACCGCUGCCUGCCACCUAUUUGUCAGUCUAAGCUCCGCCCCUGCAACUCCGGUGUGACCCCCUCAGCAUGUGUCACGUGAUCGUGACGUGCCGCUCCAUGCUGUGGACCCUGCUGAGCAUCGCGGCCGCCUUCAGCGAGCUCAUCGCCUUCAUGAGCUCCGAUUGGCUGGUGGGCUUCCCGAUUGCGCCCGACGCCGUUCCUCCACCCCACGGCGAGGCCUACCGCCCCACGCUGGGGCUCUACGGCCGCUGCAUCCGCCUGCCCCACCUGCGGCGUGGUGUGCUGUGCGGACCGUAUGCUGGGCACUUCGGUGAGAUCGCCAGCGGCUUCUGGCAGGCUGCCACCAUCUUCCUGGCGGCCGGCAUCCUACUUCUGGGAGGUGUGGCCUUCGUCUCUGUGUUCACCAUGUGCUUCCAGAGCAUCAUGAAGAAGAGCAUCUUCAAUGUGUGCGGGCUACUGCAGGCCAUCGCAGGUUUGUUUCUGAUUCUGGGGCUGAUGCUGUACCCGGCUGGCUGGGGCUCGGACAAGGUGCAGCUGUACUGUGGGCCGGACGCGUCUCCCUAUAAGCUGGGCCUGUGCUCCAUGGGCUGGGCCUUCUACACGGCCCUGGGCGCCACUGUGCUCACCUUCAUCUGUGCCGUCUUCUCCGCCCAGGCCGAGAUCGCCACCUCCAGCGACAAGGUGCAGGAGGAGAUCGAGGAGGGCAAGAGCUUGAUCUGCCUCCUCUGAGCUCCGGCAGCCCGCGCGCCGGGAGAACGGGAGAGGGGGGGGGGGGGAGAGACAGAGGAGAAGAGAGGGAGAGGGAGCAGUGUUGUUUUGGUCUGCUCCUCCACAAUGGAUCUGUUGGCAGAAAGACGAGCCUGGUACAAUCCCACCCCAACUGACCUUACCCCUUUCACAUUACUCGCGCUGCCCCGCCCUCAUGUGCUUCAUGCAAUAGCAUGGCCAGGGCGGUUCUCACUACUAAGACUGCAGCCCGUGUGUCGUGUUCUAGUGCGGGAGGUUUCCACGGUGAUAAUGUUCCUCACUUUUAUCCUCUAGCUGUGUGUCUUUUCCUUGAAGGUUUCACUGUGUGAUUAUUGCCUUGGUCAUGUUUGUUCCACCUGUGCCAGUACCAGCUGUCUUCCUGUCGCUAAAACAAACUGUAAAUAAUGUGUGUAUAUAUUGUACAUAAUGAUGACUAUUGUGAUAUGGAGAUGGCGUGUACCAUCUAAGUUGUUAAAAUGGAGCAUACCAUCUGGGUGGGUUAAAAUGAAGUGUACCAUCUCAAGUGUUUUAAGAUGGGGAGGAACAUCUCAGUGUGUUAUGAAGAUAGAUUGCACGACCUCAGGAUGAGCUAGCUGACGUUUUGAGGUCCUGCUGGUCUGUGCGGUGGCCAGUGAUCUCCCAGGGGUAGUAAAUGACCCUGACUUGCCUCUAUGCAGAAAAUGGUGCUGAAACCACAAAACCAGAGCUGCUCCGAGAGCUGCUCUCCACUGGAAACCUCUGUCUCAAAGAGAGAGCAGUUCUCCACUGGAAACCACAAUCUAAGAGCGAGAGAGCAGUUCUCCAAUGGAAACCACAGUCUCAGUUUCUCAGAGAGAGGUUGUUCUCCACUGGAAACCACAGUCUCAGAGAGAGAGAGAGAGCAGUUCUCCAAUGGAAACCACUGUCUCAGUUUCUCAGAAAGAGGUUGUUCUCGCGUGAUCUCUAGCUGGAUAGUAGUCUGUCCUCUGCCAUGACAGGAAGAGUGUACAUCUCAGUGAUGGGUCUUCCUGUAAUGGCUGGAAUUUCUAAGUAGAUUUAAUGAACAACCAAGAGUUUGCUACUUUUGUACUGUCCUGGGUUCAGAUCUUUGCUCCAAACAUGACCUAAACAGCCAUGAAGAUGAAGGACUGAAAUAAUAUCCCAGGUCAGUUUCAUCAGACCUUCAUCAUGUCAUAUGUUUAAUGAGACCUGGGUUCCUGGAGGAUGUACGGACUGAACGAUGUAUUGGAGGAGGUGUUGUCCCCUUCAGAAGGGAGGGCUGAUCUCUCAAUAGCAGACUGUCCCAUGAGGCCAAGGGGUCUCAAAGCCCCCACCCCCUCUUCUGGGCACACCUGAGCCUGACUCUGGGCUGAGGAAUAGGAGGAGUCUGGAAGAGGGACUCAAAGCCCCGCCCCCUCCUUGAUGCACACCUGAGCCUCUGACUGAGGAGGAGGAGGAGUCAGGCAGGGCCAUUGCCACAGAAGAAAGCCUGAAGCCAUUUGUUCUUUGAAUUCACAGACCUAGAGACUCAGCCUGGCUGCAGAGCUGCGUGUGUGUGUGUGUGUGUGUGUGUGUGUGUGUGUGUGUGUGUGUGUGUGUGUGUGUGUGUGUAAUAGUCCACUACCACAAUAAUCAGUAGCUAUAUCACCACCACUCUGCCCAAUAAAUAAAUCUGUCCAAACUG